CUGAGAAGUAGUACCGGUCAGGCCUGUUCUGCUGCACGGCUCAAGCUCCGAUUUACACCUGCCCCGUUGGGAGGAGUUGGCAGCGCUAUUAGUUUGCGCACACCUGCUCGUGGGCAUUGCCCGUCAAGUGAAAGCGGACGUGGAACCGCCAGGCUAGAGCCAUAACAGGAAGGCAGGCGGCAUGGCUCCCAGUACCGAGGCAGCCCACUCCCGCACCGUGCUCAUUUUGUCUGCGCUCUUCUACGCAGCCAGCUCCUUAAUUAUUAUCCUGGUGAACAAGACGGUGCUUACUAUUUACAGAUUUCCAUCAUCAACAUUUCUUGGAGUUGGACAGAUGGCAAUCACAAUACUCAUUUUAUAUGUUGGGAAGCUGAAUCACAUCAUUACUUUUCCAGAUUUUGACAGACAGGUUUCAAAGAAAUUAUUUCCAUUGCCAUUACUGUAUAUUGGAAAUCAUUUAACGGGAUUAUCAAGCACACAGAAACUGAGUUUACCAAUGUUUACAGUUCUUCGGAAGUUUUCAAUUCCAUUAACUCUCAUACUUGAAAUGAUUAUCCUCAGGAAACGAUUCUCCUUCUCUGUCGUAGCCAGUGUAACUACUAUUAUAAUGGGGGCUCUUAUAGCAGCCAGUUUUGAUCUUUCUUUUAAUUUGGAAGGAUACAUCCUAGUGUUGUUGAAUGACUUAUUCACAGCUUCAUAUGGGGUUUAUACCAAAGAGAAAAUUGAUCCAAAGGAAUUGGGUAAAUAUGGAGUUCUUUUCUACAAUGCAAGUUUUAUGAUUAUUCCUACCUUGAUAUAUACUAUUUUGUCAGGAGAUUUUGAGCUGGCAAUCCAUUUUGGUGAAUGGACAAAUAUUGCCUUUAUGUUACAGUUCAUUUUUGCUUGUAUGAUGGGCUUUAUCCUGCUGUACUCAAUAGUACUAUGCAGCUACUAUCACUCAGCUCUUACAACCACAGUCAUUGGUGCCCUUAAGAACGUAUCUAUUGCCUAUGUUGGCAUUUUUGUUGGCGGAGACUAUAGUUUUUCUUGGUUAAAUUUUGUAGGUUUGAAUAUUUGCAUGGCAGGAGGAGUGGCUUAUUCCAUGUCUACUAUAUUUGGAGAUGUGAAACUGACGGAUUAUGGAAAGCCUAAGGAUCAGAACAUUACUAAUGGAAAAAUUUUUAAUAUAUGAUCUUUCAUAGUUUACUAAGUUUUGAAGACUUUUAGGAUUCACAGAUCUGAAACCAAAUAAGAGGUGCUAAUCACUGUAUUGCUUUGUACCUGUACCUCAAUUAUAAUUAUAGAAGGUUUUUUUUUCUAUUAUUUAUUCAAUAUUUAUGUUAACAACAGAUUCAUCAAUCCGAUGUAAUUUGCAGUGUUGAUAUAAAAAAGAUAAAUCAGACCUUUAAAAUAUAAACGAACCUUUGUUUAUGCUAAUAUUAAAGGGAAAAUUAGAUUCAAUGUUCUGUUUUUGAUUAGUGUAGCUUGUGAUGAAUCAUAUUGAUUCCAGUAAUUUUUCAUUGUUAUUUUGAAUAUUUUUGACUUGAAAACACUAAGGGGCUGAUUCACUAAGGGUCGAAUAUCGAGGGUUAAUUAACCCUCGAUAUUCGACUGGGAAUUGAAAUCCUUUGA